AUGUGCGAGCUUGGAUUUGGUGGCCAGAGGACAAAUCGUCAUCAAGGUUAUGCUCCUAGUUUAGUAUCUGGCAAGUUUGGGUACCCAAGCUCUCGCAAGUUUCGUGCUCACGUGCGGGAAGCACAUAUAUAUUGUCCUGUAAGAUGGAGGUUCCUCAGCCAAAGGAUACUGCCGCUUCUCAAGCUCAAAAUCAUGCCACCCCGCUAUGAUGCCGAAUACCAAUCCCAAGGACGCGGAACCGCUGGGGCAUCUCGGCUGACCAGUAUCUUGGUUAAGCCUUGGGCCUUCUGCGGCAACAGCGAACGUUGCACAGUGGUGGUACGCGCAUGUGGAUUGGAGAUGCUCUGGUGAGUAACGGGGAUAGUAUCUGUUGCCUCUGAACAUCCCAGUCUUGUGUUUUUUUGCGAAAUUAUCAAGAAGAAUUGAGCACCAAGGUAUAAAACUGUUUCACA